AACAGAGGCGCUGUCAUGGACGUGCAAUGCAAUGAUCCCUUUCCAGCUAUUCUAAAUGACGGUCCCAAACAAGACAGGGUCAAGUCAGUCAAAAUUUUCCAGUCUGUUCAUAAUGAUGCCGCCAACGAUGUCUUCAAGGGACAACCAUUGAAGAAGAAAAGACUCCUGGAAAAGGAAAAAGACGAAGGCGAAGGAGAAAUUGAUAAGGCUUGUAACAUGCAACAAUAUCCUUCCCGUUCACUGCUUCAAUCUCGAUUCCCUACUCAGGUAGAACUGGAGAAAAUGUACGGGAAACGGAGCGAGAGAAAAAUCGAAUGUACUGCGAAUUCGUCUUCUAAGAAAUCACAGUCAAGUAAAGUGAAGGAAAGAAUCAUUCUGAAAGAACUCAAGAAAUCGGAAGGAUACGGGCUGUUUAAAGAGGCCUUGGAUGCACAUGUCAAGAAGGCCCCCGCCAGGAGUACUUAAUCACCUACAUAAACUGCCUGUUAUUUAUAAAUUUGUAUUCACUCCUGCACCAAACGUUAAACUUAUGAUUAGUAUAAAAAAACAAUAAUUUUUAACCCUUGGGCUGACACCUUGUCGUGGUGGUGGAGCUUUUGUGUCUCAAGGACCUAGAGAGCUGUGCCGGCGGGGACUGUGAUCCCUGGCAGGUCGAACCAUACCGGAUUGGUCGAAGGGUAGAGACCAGACGAAGAAGAGCCCCUGGUCCUCUAGGUUGGGUUUGGGCGGCGGGCCAAUAAUCCGCUCCCGGAAAAAGAAACAUUACAGAAACCGAAACUAGAAUUAUCACUGCGCCCUAUCGGGAAGCAGGGGUACAAGAUGCUAACACCCGGUUGGAGCACCGUGCGAAGCAAAGAAUGACGCAUAAAUCGUUGAUGAAAUUGCUGUCGCCACGAGCGUGUGUGAAGAUCGGGAAAUGGAAUAGAAGGACACUUUUAGAGGCCGGUAAGUGUGCUCAGAUGCUCAAAGAGAUGCAGAGAUAUGGUAUUAGUAUUCUGGGAGUGAGUGGAAUGAGAUGGAACACUUGUGGGAGGUUGAGGAUAGCUGGAGGAGAAACUGUGCUGUACUCAGGAAUGGAUGAAGGUGAAAAUCAUGAAAGAGGAGUUUGCUUCAUUCUGUCUAAAGAAGCUGCACAAUGCCUGCUGGAAAGGGAACCGGUACCUGAGAGGAUAAUCAGAGCCAGGUUCAACUCGAGGUGGCGACAGGUCACCAUCUUGCAAUGUUAUUCCCCAACAAAUGAGGCAAAAGAGGAGGCGAAGGACGAUAUUUACGGAUGGUUUUGGAGGAGGUGCCGUGUAGAGAUGGAAAGAUUGUCAGGGGAGAUAUGAAUGCUAAGGUGGGGAUGGACAACACAGGCAGAGAAGAGGUGAUGGGUAACCAUGGGGCAAGAGCCGUGAUGAAUGAAAAUGGUGAGAGGUGGGCGAACUUCUGUCAGGCAAACGAGCUGGUAAUCGGUGGAACGCUGUUCCCCCAUAAGGAUUGUCACAAGCGGACAUGGAGAUCUCCUGAUGGUGUUAUUGUGAAUCAGAUCGACCAGCUGGCAUUUAGCAGGAGAUGGAGGAGUUCACUGCAGGACGUUCACGUGCUGCGUGGGGAAGACGUUGGGUCAGACCACCAUUUGUUGAUGGCAAAAGUCAGGCUAAAGAUUUCCAAAGUGAGGAAAGCGGAAAGUGGCCGGGUGCGUUUUGAGGUCAGCAAGCUGAAAGACUUGGAGGUUGGGAACGCAUUUAAGCUAGCGCUGCACAACAGAUCUGAGGGUCUACAGCAGUUGAUGGGGAAGGAGGAGAUGCUAGUGGAUGACGAAUGGAGGCUGAUCGAACAAGGUUAAGUGGCAGUCCUCCUUGUAUAUCAAAAUUAUGGAUUUCGAAAAGGCCUUCAAUAGUAUCAGCAGAGAGGUUUUGUGGAGGUUGUUGCGGCACAACGGAAUGCCUGCCAAGGUGGUCACCAUCAUCAGAGCUCUCUAUGAAGGUUUUUCCGCACAGGUGGUACACAAUGGACAGAGGAUCCAAUCACUGAAUACGAGGACGGGGUGAGAAAAGGCUGCCUGAUAUCUCCCCUGCUGUUUCUAGUCGGCCUGGAUUUGGUGACGAGGAAAGCCUUCGACAGGAUGAGAGGUAUUCAGUGGACCUUUAUCACAUGCACAGAUGACCUUGACUUUGCCGAUGAUCUGACCUUACUGUCGCACAGAAUACAGGAUAUGAGGCAGAAGACACGAGCCUUAGAGAUACAAGGUGCGAAGGUAGGCCUGAAGAUCAAUGCCAUCAGGACAAAGUUAAUGCGUAUUGGUACCAAACGUGGCGAUGGUGUGUCGAUUGCAGGGGGCAGAUUGAGGAAGUGGGUGAGUUUACAUACCUCGGGAGCAUUGUAAGUAAGACGGGAGACACUGACGAGGACACGAGGCACGAAUUAGAAAGGCGAGACAGGCACUUGCGAUGCUGAGACCAAUAUGGCGAUCCACAGCACUAACAACGAUGAUCAAGCUGAGAGUUUUUGGGUCAAAUGGGAAAGCGAUGCUCUUGUAUGGUUCUGAAACUUGGAGGCUGACCAAGAGUUUGGAGCAGAAGUUGCAAGUGUUCAUCAAUAAGAGCUUGAGGAACAUCCUUGGGAUUUGGUGGCCUCGAAAAAUCAGCAAUAAGGAGCUCUAGAGACAAACAUGGCAGCGUCCAAUAGAGCAAGAGAUAAGACAAAGAGCUUGGGGCUUGAUCGGCCACACGUUGACAUCAGAUGGACAUGUAGUCAAGAGGCACUGGAAUAGAACCUGCAGGGGAAACGAAAGAGAUUGAGACCCCGGAACACCUGGCGACUUACGAGAGUUGCAGAGUUAGAGAGGAAAUAUCCCACGUGGAAUGAGGCAAAGGGUACUGCACAAAAUAGGGUUAGGUGGCGCGCUCUAGUUGAGGACCUAUGUCCCCUUAGGAACAAAGGGGAAUAAAGGAGACAUAGGGUGCAACACUUUUUAUAAAAUUGCUUGCACAUUUUUAUUAUGACAGUCCCUUUUCCGAGUGAGAAAUGUAAAAUGGACAUUUGACUUUUUUUAGUAGAUGUUUCAUAUACCCUAGGUAUAUAGAAUUUUAUACUAUCCAUAACAUACAGGAGAAACCAUAGAGAGAAAGGUUCGUCACUCCUUUUAAUUAUACCGUUGCCACAGCUGGUCUUUAUCUCUCGCUUAACUGCCAAGGCGGGAACAGUGCGAUGUUACUUUGUGUAUGACUACCAACUAAUUUGACAAGCCAACUGGGAGCUGGUAAUUUUGUUGAUUCCUAUCAUUGGUUCAAAUUCUGUACGGGCCUUAAUCUUUUUGUCAGGCCUUAUUUUCUCGACUACAUAUGUAGGGUUGAUUGCUGCGAGGAUCGCUUUCAUACAUUUCAUGAAACCGCAAUGCACAUAAAUGAUUUCAUAUAUUCGAUUUCAGUGAUAACUGAAAGUAAUUCAAGAGAGCAGUUUGUAAAAUAGUUCCGUUGUAGUUGUCCGGUUUUUGAAGUAAAUCCUUUUAUAAAGCAAACUGCUACAGUGCAUAUAGAU